AUGCAGUUAAAAUCAAUGGUAAAGCGACGAAUAGAGCUUCAAGAGCUCGAACGAAACUCACUAUCCCUGAAGGAGCCGCUUAGCAAUGAGCCGGCGUUGAAAGUGUCCAAAAGUGAAACCAAAGAGAAGUACAAAGAGAAGAGGAUAACCGUUGUUAUGGGUUGGAAAGAAGCCCACAGAAUUUCAGAAAUUUUAACGAUGGUGUCAAUUUCAAAAAACGGAGAUAAUUCUGCAAGUUUGACAUGUUUAUUUGACGGAGUAUCAUUUAAGAAAGUUUGGAACAAAGGAUGGAUUACGAUAAGGACUGGAAAACCAGUGUUUGAAGAGGAAUUGACCAUUUUAUCGACGUUCUCCAUCUCCAGAGACAGGCUUUAUGUGACGAUCCUGAGUGAUUCGAUUGAAACACUGUUAGCGGAUGUUGGGACAAACCUCAAACAGUUCGAACAAACCUCGGAACCACAACUACCAAGAUGUUUGACACCACCUGUAAGUGUAAAUUUACCCUGGAGACAAUCAGAACUUUCAGUUAUCAAGAGUCGUAUCUUCAAUGAGGAACUGUCAUUGAACAAAGAUCAAGUCACUUAUUUGAUCGGUAAGAAUGGAGCCCGUAUCGAAAUGAUUAGACAGGAGUCUAUGGCUACUAUCAAGAUACUACCAAUAAGCAAAAGACUCACUGCAAAGGAGCUGAAUCAUCCGGAUAUCGUUAUUCAAUCGAUUUCCAUCACAGGUGACUGGUACCAAGUUGCACUAGCAUUUGCCUACAUCGAAGCAAACCUACAGUUGUACAAAUUGGGGCCAAAAAGGAUGUUAUUAUAA